CACGACCGCCACCGACUUCACAACUAUGGCUGCCCCUCCACCCACUGAAGAACUCCCGGUAAGGGAAGCCGAGAAGAAGAGCUCCACGGAGCAGGAGAUUAAUCCCUGGGACGUGCAAGCAGGGCAAGACGAGCAAGGCAACACACUACAAUUCGACUACGUUGCGAUUUCGCAGAAAUGGGCGACGAAACUAAUUGACGAAGUACUCCUGCAGCGCUUCGAGCGUCUUACGGGCAAGAAACCGCAUCGUUGGUUGCGACGCGGCUUGUUCUUCUCGCACCGGGAUUUCGACAAGAUUCUUGAUCGGUACGAGGCGGGGGAGCCGUUCUUUCUGUAUACGGGGCGGGGUCCAUCAAGUGAUGCGCUGCAUUUGGGGCAUACGAUUCCGUUUACAUUUACGAAGUGGUUGCAGGAUGUGUUUGAUGUGCCGUUGGUUAUUAUGCUUACGGAUGACGAGAAGGCGCUGUUUAGAGAUGGAUUGACGUUCGAGGAUACACAUAAGUUUGGCCUGCACAACGCCAAGGAUAUUAUCGCCUGUGGAUUCGACAUGAAGAAGACAUUCAUAUUCAGCGAUUUGGAAUUCGUCAGCGGGCAUUUCUUGUACAAUGUCUGGGAGUUUUCGAAGCUUCUGCCGUUCAAUCAAGUACGGGGAGCGUUUGGUUUUGACGGUAGCACGAAUAUUGGCCGGAUUAUGUUCCCUGCUGUGCAAUGUGCAGCUUCAUUCGCAACCUCAUACCCUCAACUCUGGCCCAACUACGACCCGAAAGCAGACCGCUCGAAAGCCAUUGCUAAAAUACCGGUCUUGAUCCCUAUGGCCAUUGACCAAGAUCCGUAUUUCCGACUCGUCCGGGAUAACUCACAUCGCAUGCGGUUCCCGUCACCGAAACCAGCGUUGAUACAUUCGAAAUUCCUGACUGCGCUCCAAGGAGCCGGUGGGAAAAUGAGCGCCAGCGAUCCUAAUUCCGCGAUCUUCAUGACUGACACGCCGAACCAAAUCAAGAACAAAAUCAACAAACACGCCUUCAGCGGCGGCCGAGAAACACUCGAAGAGCACCAACGGCUGGGCGGAAUUCCAGAAGUCGACGUCGCGUUCCAAUACCUCUCCUACUUCGAAGACGACGACGCCAAGCUCCUGGAAAUCGAAACCUCCUACCGCAAAGGAACACUCAUGACCGGCGAGCUGAAGAAAAUGGCCAUUGCGAUGCUGCAGGAGUACGUGAAAGAGUUUCAGGAGAGGCGGAAGGGGGUUACAGAUGAGGUGUUGAAGGGCUACAUGACGCCUAGGGAGUUGGUUUGGAAGGGAAAUCCCAAUCCUGUGAAGAAGGAGAAGAAAAGCAAGGAGACAAAAGAGGUAAAGGGAGGGGAGAAAGGGGUAAAAGGGGAUGCGAACCCGACCGAAGAAAAAAAGGUAGAGAGCUAGAUGAUGCGUAAUGACUGGCUAGAUAAAUCGUGAAUGAAAAGAAAUGAAUCUGGCAAGCAAGCUCUCUACCGCCGCUUAAGCUCGAACGGGCUCGAGAGCCUCACCGAUGACCUUACUGCGAUCAGCAGCAGAUAUGGCAAUACUCUCUUCAACCUUGAUUAAAAAAAAUCGAAUAAAAAAAA